AUGAAGCCGCGGCCCCAGGCUGGCAAGAGGCUGCGAAGAAGAAGCGUUGGAGGGAGAGGGCGCCGCGGCGGGGACUCGGCCGAGGACAGCGUGGCACAAAGAAGGGACGGCAAGACCCCCGGGGGCGGCCCCCCCGGCCCCGCGAGCGGCCCGCAGGCUCCGUCCCCGCCGCCCGCCUGCCCCCAGGACCAGCACCACUUUCUCCGGUCCAGCGUGAGGCCGCAGAGCAAGCGGCUCAGGAAGGACUCGUCGGGCGCCGGGGGGAGCAGCAGCAGCACCGGCGGCUCGGGGCCGCGCGGAAAAGGAGCUGAUGGUGGUGGAUCAUCAUCCGGAAAUGGGCCUGGGGUUGCCCCUGCUGCCCCCGCAGGGGCCUCUCGCUCCUCCUCCCGGAACUUAGGAUCUUCUGGUGGUGAGAAGGAAGAAGGCAAAAAGGUCCGGCGACAGUGGGAGUCGUGGAGUACUGAGGACAAGAACACUUUCUUUGAGGGGCUGUACGAGCAUGGAAAAGACUUUGAAGCAAUCCAGAACAACAUAGCUCUCAAGUAUAAGAAGAAGGGCAAGCCCGCCAGCAUGGUGAAGAACAAAGAGCAAGUGAGGCACUUCUAUUACCGCACGUGGCACAAGAUCACCAAGUACAUCGACUUUGACAAUGUGUUCUCUCGGGGCCUGAAGAAGUCAUCUCAGGAGCUGUAUGGUCUGAUCUGCUACGGUGAACUACGCAAGAAGAUUGGGGGCUGUAUGGAUGACAAGAAUGCCACGAAGUUGAAUGAGCUCAUUCAGGUUGGGGCCACCACAGUGCGUUACAAAGGAAGAAACCUGCGAAUCAAAGCGCCCAUGUGCCGAGCCCUGAAGAAGCUCUGUGACCCAGAUGGCCUGAGUGAUGAAGAGGACCAGAAGCCAGUGCGUCUGCCCUUGAGAGUCCCCGUAGAGCUACAGCCACGGAACAAUCAUGCCUGGGCCCGCGUACAGAGCCUCUCCCAGAACCCCAGGCUCAGGAUGAUUGUGGAGCUCCAUCGGAAGGUCUCCAGCCUCAUUGAAUUUUUGAAGCAGAAAUGGGAGCUCCAUGAAGUGCGAAUUCGAAAGACGCUCGCGGAGCGGCAGCUGCAGGAUUCGUUUGUGGAGCCGUCACAGGAGAAAGUAAUGCUGCACCUGUUCCCUGGGGAGAACUGUACGCUGACCCCACUUCCAGGAGUGGCCCGUGUGGUGCACUCUAAGGCCUUCUGCACGGUGCACUGGCAGGAGGGUGGCCGGUGCAAAACAGAGCUCCUAAAGAUGCCCACACACUGCCUCCCAGCUCAGAUCCUGGGCAUCCAGAGCGGACAGGGUACAGCCAGGGGCCAAGUGAAGUGCCCAAGGAGCGGCACCGAAGGCAAGGGCGGGGGGCGGCCUCCUCCCUCCAUGGACACUUCUCAGAGCUCUGGAGAGAGUUCCCCUGAAAGUGCCCUUGGGGAGGGGGCUGCCCCAAGCCUCAGCAGCCCGAACGCUCCUGACAGGCUUCCCCCUGGGCUCCAGGAUGCUGGGGUACAGACCCCUACGGCAGCUCCUGUAGAGGUUGGGGACGGCCCAGCCCAAGAGCCCAGGGCCACGACUUGUGCCUGUGGCCAGCUCCCAGAGCUGGAGGACGAUCUCUCUCUCCUAGACCCCUUCCCCCGCUACAUGAAGUCCUGCCAGGACCUCAUCCUCCCUGAGCCGUGCCACUGUGCAGACUCUCGGCUCUCGGCCUGUGUCUCCCCAGAGACUCAAGCCCCCAGCAGCGCAGAGGUGGCCAACCUUCCCCAGACCAGGGCACCGUCUCCUGUCCGUGGCCUAUCUGGCCUGGAGCCUCAGCCCAGCCCAGGGCUCCAGCCAGAUGUUUGCACUAAAGACUCAGCAGAUGCUCCUGCGGAGGAGCCCCAGGAGAAGGUGAGCCCCUCGGACCCCCCGCCACCUCAGGGACAGCCUUCUGCCAAGCCUCCAAAAGAUGUCCCUGCCAGCCGGCUGGCCCAGCAGCUCCGCGAAGAGGGCUGGAACCUGCAGACCUCCGAGAGCCUGACACUGGCCGAAGUCUACCUCAUGAUGGGAAAGCCAAGCAAGCUGCAGCUGGAGUAUGACUGGCUGGCCGAGCUGGGCCCCGAGGGCCAGGCCCCUGGUGGUUCCCCACCUGCCGCCUUUCACAAGCAGCGCCUCCUCAGCUGCCUCCUGAAGCUCAUCUCCACUGAGGUCAACCCCAGACUGGCUCCAGAAUCGAACGCCAGCUCCAUGGCCUCAGCGAGACCCGCCCAGGAGGAACAGUCGACGACCCCCCCAGGGAAGGUGGUGAACAUCAGCUCCCGGAGCCCCCGCUGCCCUCGAAACCAGUCUGCCCUUCGCAACAGCAAGACCUUCUCUCCCAGCUCUGCGCCUUGUCCCUCCUCAGGUUUGAGAAACCCUCCAAGACCCCUCUUGGUGGCUGGUUCCUCUAGCACAGGAAGCAGUGACUCAGAUGGUGGCCUUUUUGCUGUCCCAACAACUUUGCCACCCAACAGCCGACACGGGAAGCUCUUCUCUCCUAAUAAAGAGACAGAAUUGACUUUCCUUCAGCAUCUGAACUCCAUCAGCAUGCAGUCGGAUUUCUUCUUGCCAAAGCCCCGGAAGUUGCAGAACCGGCACCUACGGAAGCCGCUGGUGGUCCAGAGAACCCUGCUUCCUAGACCUUCUGAAAACCAGUCCCACAACGUCUGCUCCUUCUCUAUCAUGUCAAAUUCCUCCAUAACCGGUAGAGGCUCAUUCCGGCCCAUCCAGUCUUCCCUCACCAAAGCGGCUCUGUCUCGGCCGAUCAUGCCCAAGGUCCUUCCGCCCCAGGCCCCGGGCCACCUGGCCAGUGCUGUCGACUUAGCAGCUACAAGUGCCGGCAUCAUCCCCGGGAGCCCCCUCCCUGUCUUGGAUGCUGAGGGUUUGUCUGGCAUCUCUCCACUGUCUUCAGAUGAGGCAACAGCUACUCUUUCGGGUCAGGACUCCACUGGCACCCUCCAGAAUGGCGACCCCAUCCCCACCGUGGGGGGUACAAGCGAUCCAUUCAUCAGCAUCCCCUCGAGGCCUGAGCAGGAGCCAGUGACGGAAGGUUUCCAGGGUUCACCUGUCCUCUCCUUAACUGAGCUAUCCAAGGCUCCUCUGCACAAUGGGCUUUCCACCCCACUGCCCUUGGCGGAGGGCUCCAGCACUCGGCUCUCUCCACCUAACGUUUCUGCUCUGCUGGACAUCUCGCUCCCCGGGCCACCUGAGGACGUGCUCUCGCAGGGAGAGCCUGCCACUCAGAUCAGCGACUCCAUCAUUGAAAUCGCCAUCAGCUCUGGCCAGUACGGUGAAGGAGUCCCUCUUUCUCCAGCAAAACUAAAUGGCAGUGACAGUUCCAAGAGUCUUCCUUCCCCAUCCAGCAGCCCCCAGCCAGACUGGAUUGCCUCCCCCACCCAUGACCCCCAGUGGUGCCCCAGCGACCCCACGGACUCGUCCCUCGGCAGCUUGUUUGCGAGCUUCAUCUCGGAGAAAGGCCGAAAGAUGCUGCCGACUCCAGUGGGGACCCACAGUGGCACCUCCCUGCUGGGCCCCAGCCUGCUAGAUGGAAAUUCGAGAGACUCGUUUGUGUCCAGAUCCCUGGCCGAUGUGGCAGAGGUCGUGGAUUCCCAGCUGGUGUGCAUGAUGAAUGAAAACAGCGUUGAUUAUAUAUCUCGAUUCAACGACUUGGCCCAGGAGCUGUCCAUCGCCGAGCCCAGCCGCCGAGAGGUUCUGUUUGAUGGCAGUGGAAGUGGCCCCCCUGUCAGUGACCUGUCCCAGUGAACAUACAGCGUACUCGUGGUGGGGGCAUCCUGGAGGCUUCAGAGGAGGGCUUACAGGACUGGUGGUCCAGUCCUCAACUGUGGUAGGUGUAGAGAAAACACAGCUCAAGCCCAGGACCCCCAGAAGAUGGUUAGAAUAGAGACACCUCUGCACCCCAGAAUACGCAAAAUGCUGGAAGCUGUAUCCCAACGGGAGAGGGCCGUAGUGGCCUGAGAGAUGAGGAUGAGUCCUGGAAUGUCAUACAUCACUGUGGCAUUGGAGCCAUUCUUUGCCAGUCGUGGGAUCUCAUAUUGGGGUCUGUGUAAUGACCACAUAUCUGCCUUGGUGGUUGUGUUGGACAGUUCAGUGGGUUUUCUUUCUGAAAGAAAGGAGUGGGUGUGUGCCCAGCGUAGUCGUGCCCUGGGGAGUUGUAAUCUCCCUGCUCUCUAUAGGGAGGCUCCAGGUCAAGGCUGCAUUCUUUCUGCAAAACCUGUACCACACUUUGAUUGCUUCUCUGCAGCGUGAUGAUGGAAGGGGGUGAAGGAGGUGACAGGGGACAGCAGGGCUUGGCCUGGGCUUGGCCUGGUGGUAUCUGUACCCUAAGACAGCUUCAUGGGGACACUUCAGGGGACACUGAUCACAGGACAGCAGAAGGGUCCCAGGGCAGCGUAACUGGAGCCAUCACCCCAGAAAUACUGAUCCUUGCCUAGUGCUUCCCUAUCUAGAUGUGUUUUCUGAACAGGACGGGGAAAGAAUCAUGUCUUGUGCAGGUUAUAUGGACUUUCAGAAAAGAAUCCUGCUAAGCUGCUUGGAGAAUGUUUUUCUUUUGUUUUAAGAAUUAGACAAUGAGGAGGUAAACCAGUUUAGUUGGUUUCCUUCUUGCAUCCAUCUAAAGUUUCUUCUAGGUGAUCUAUAAUGUUACUUCUAUUGGGACGAUCCUAAGCACUUGUUUAACCACAGAUAAGACUUUCCUGAUGAGUCCUUGAACUUCUGAUGUGUUACUGUUUAGCAUCUGAGACAAAUGUACUGUUCAGGGGAAUUUCUUUUUUUCGGUCUUCUCUUCCUUUCGUUGGCCUAAGAGCAAAGCACACUGUGAUUUGCAGGUUUAAUCCCCCAUGUCUUCUUUUGCCCAGUGGUCUCUUAUUUUGCUCCUUCCUGUUCAGGGAAUGCAGACAAGGAUCAUACAUCCUGAUGCAGUUAGAGCACUACCACAUCGCUGUAUUGUAUUCCGUGAGCCUCCUUGGGUGACCAAUUACCAUUGCAAGUAGUCCAGUUUCCAGUUCUCCCCCGGAAUAGAGCUAACAAGGCUCCUGUGUUUGCUCAGCCUUGGGAAACGCAACAUUUAAUUCACCCUUUAGCCACAUUACGUGUGGCCAGAAGCCAAUGCUCUUGUGUUGGACUAGUAAUACCUGAGCCACCAUCCCACCUGCUGCUUCACCCUCCCCCGACAGCCAGGAUCAUCCACCUGAACCAAUCUCCGUCUCUGUUGCUCGCCUUUCCUCUUCCCUUGCCUGGCGGAGAAGGCAGUUCUUGAGGCCAGCCCUGGUCCUCUACAGAGGCUUCUCCACAAUGAGAGGUCAGCCUGUGUGGAAAGGAGAAGAAAGGUCUUGUGUGUGUGCAAGGAGAGUGGACACUCUUGAUCCCAUUGUCUCACCAGCUGUUUGCAGCCCUUUUAGGCUGCAGGCAGGGUCAUUCGCUCCCAGCCAUGGAGGAAACAGGGCAUUUGGCUUCUAGGCUAUAGCUUCUUUUCUUUGUUUCAAUUGUUUCUCGAGCUUUUGCCUCUCAUGUGGCUUCCUUCUUUCAGAUCUGGUUCUAGGCACCAACAUCACUAAGAAAAAGCCUUUUGGGCUCUUAGGAAAAGUCUCAAAGCUCUGGAGAUAUGAAAGAAAGGAACAUGCUAACACUUUAUUAAGAGAUAUCGACAACAUUGGACCAGAGUAUUUUUAAGCUACUUGUGUUUUGUGAUCAAUAUAUCAGCUUUCUGAAAUUAGCACCUUAUAUUGAGCUGAACAAGAUCAGGAUCGAUCUCUCUCUCACUCUCUGACACUCACUCUCGGGGCAUCUGAGUGUGUUAGGUCUGCAGUAGGAUAAUAGACCAGGCCAGGUUUAGGCCAUGACUAGCUUCCUCACACUCCUCCACUGUCUGGGACCAGGACCGAUCAAGUAACAUCAGAGCUGCAUGUGAUGCCAAUGGCAGUGUACUGUGCCAGAGACAGUAGGGCUCCUGAGCUGCUUGUUCAUCAGGGUCACCUCAAGGCAGUCUAGUUGGUAGGCUGGCACCUGUCACCCAGUGACACCUAAAAGGAGAAAAUUUCUUAGACUCAGAUCAGCUUUUGUAGCUAUUUAGCUGCACCCCCUGCCUGGGUUUCUGGCAUAGAAUCUGUGUGGGUGUAGCUGGCUGGCCAGUAUCAUUCAGUGGGGAAGUGGGCCAGGGAGGAGAGUAGACCGACUCUUCUCACCUCUAAUAAAACUCACAAGAUUCCAGAGAAUUCUGCUGCUUCCCUAGCAACCAGAGAAGUGUGUAUGUGACAAGCCAGUUCUCCAGGCAUAACCCAGGUGUGAGACUCAAAGCUUUCCUAUUGACUUAAAUUUGGAAACGGCAAGGUAAGGGGUGGUGGGCAUGUAUGUUUGGAUGGGAAAGAAAAGCUCCACUGACCUGUAGGAGAUGUUUUUUUAAGUGGAAUCCUUUUCAACUCAAAACAGAUAUAAAAAGCAAGGUGAAGAACACACACACACAAAAUAAGUAAUUGUUAAAGGCUGGGAUUUUCAAAAGACCCAAGCCUCCCACCUCCUGCAUCUUUCUCUGUCUCUCCAGUGGCAGGCGUCAUAGUCUCAGUAUGCACCUGUGGCUUCCUUGAGCAUGUUAUAAUUAAGAACAGGUCAGUUUCUGAGACCUAUUUCCGAGGUCACUCUAAUGUCUGGCAUCUUUUUGCUGAUUCAUCUUUUGUAAAGAGUGAGAUUGUCUCUGGUCUUAAGGGAGUUGGUGGUGUGGCCUUAACUCUUAUUGUGACUAUCCAGUGGUGAGCAUUUUCUUCUUUAGAAAAUGCAGAGGCAGAUCGAAGUUUAUGGUUCCACAUGAGGUUUAGGAUGAUAUUUUUUUAUUUCUCUGUAUCUUCUAGGUGUAGAGCACUUGCUCUGGGAGUGGGGAUAAUUGGAAACAUUUCGUAAGUUGAUCUGCUUGCUUCCCUACAUCUCUGGGUCCUCAGCCUGAGUCCCAUUUUUAUCAUUCUGUGUCACUACUGAUGGGUUUCCUUUUCAGUGUAAUAGCAUUUUUACCAUCCAGUCCAAACCUGUGCAGAGAAAUAUGAUGGAACAGAAGCACUGGAAACUAGUGGACGAGAACAGCAGCUGCUGUGGGUUUUUGUUGUUUAAAACUUUGAGACCUAUCAAAUGCAUUCGUGAGGAAAUAGGGCACUUUGUCUUAAGGGGGGAAAAAGAAAGAAACCACAGCAAACCUUUCCUGACUAUCAAAGCUCUCUCCUAAUCCCACAGUAAUGUGUAAGUCAUGUUAAGUAAGUUCAGUCUUGGAAGCACUACAGCAACCUGUACCCUUCAUUCUGUAACAGGAUAACUGGCUCCAGAGCUUCUGGCCCAGGCAGCAGAACUUACUGCUGUUUCUUUUAAUAAUCGUUAAGCCAUAUCAUCUAAGGUUUUCGGCUUGUUUGAGAUGUGAAUUUGUUUAAUAGAUAAUAAAUAUACAUAUACAGUGUAUGUAUAAAGCGGAAUGCCUGUCCUUCCUGAUUACUUUUUGUACCAUAUUGUAAAUUACAUUAUUUAUUCUUUACCAAUUUUGGGAAUAAAAGGUGUUUUGGUUAUUUAAUAUAAUAAACAAAAGCUGUUAAACUUCUUAUGUUUAAAUUUCCAGUUUAACUUGUAAAUCUGUUUUUAUUAUUGUGCAUAAAUACAUACUAAUACUUGAUCUAAUAA